AUGGGUCGUCUUCAUAGCAAAGGAAAGGGUAUCUCCGCCUCUGCAUUGCCGUAUAAGAGGUCACCUCCGAGUUGGCUCAAGACAACCGCCACGGAUGUUGAUGAGUCCAUUUGCAAGUUUGCAAAGAAGGGUUUGACUCCAUCGCAGAUAGGUGUCAUUCUUCGUGACUCUCACGGAAUCCCUCAAGUGAAGAGUGUUACCGGAAACAAGAUUUUGAGAAUUUUGAAAGCUCAUGGUCUUGCACCUGAGAUCCCUGAGGAUCUUUAUCACUUGAUCAAGAAGGCAGUUGCUAUCCGCAAGCAUCUUGAGAGGAACAGGAAAGACAAGGAUUCCAAAUUCAGGUUGAUUCUUGUUGAGAGCAGAAUCCACCGUCUUGCUCGUUACUACAAGAAGACCAAGAAGCUCCCUCCUGUCUGGAAAUACGAGUCUACUACUGCAAGCACUCUUGUGGCUUAA